ACACCUCCCGGAGCCGCCGCCGCGCUCGCCGUCUCUGCCAGCAGCCGCCGCGCCAUCCAUGGGGGUCUUGGGCCGCGGCUGCCCCGGGACGGUCCGGGCGCUGCUGCCGCUGCUGCUGCCGCCGCUGCUGCUGACCGCGGCCGUCCCGCCCGGCCCGGGCCGCGCCCCGGGGCCGCCAGAGGAUGUGGACGAGUGCGCCCAAGGGCUAGAUGACUGCCACACCAAUGCCCUGUGUCAGAAUACACUCACCUCCUACAAGUGCUCCUGCAAGCCUGGCUACCAAGGGGAGGGCAGGCAGUGUGAGGACAUUGAUGAGUGUGAAAAUGAACUCAACGGAGGCUGUGUCCAUGACUGUUUGAAUAUUCCAGGCAAUUAUCGCUGCACAUGUUUUGAUGGCUUCAAGUUGGCUCAUGAUGGUCAUAAUUGUCUUGAUGUGGACGAGUGCCUGGAGAACAAUGGUGGCUGCCAGCACACCUGUGUCAACGUCAUGGGGAGCUAUGAGUGCCACUGCAAGGAGGGAUUUUUCCUGAGUGACAAUCAGCACACGUGCAUUCACCGCUUGGAAGAGGGUCUGAGCUGCAUGAAUCAGAAUCACGGCUGUAGUCACAUCUGCAAGGAGGCCCCGAGGGGGAGCGUCGCCUGCGAGUGCCGGCCGGGCUUUGAGCUGGCCAAGAACCAGAGAGACUGCGUCUUGACCUGUAACCAUGGAAACGGUGGGUGCCAGCACUCCUGCGAGGACACUGCCGAAGGCCCAGCGUGUAGCUGCCAUCCCCAGUACAAGAUGCACGCAGACGGGAGAAGCUGCCAUGAGCGAGAGGACACUGCCCGGGAGGUGACAGAGAGCAAUGCCACGUCGGUGGUGGACGGUGAUAAGCGGGUGAAGCGGCGGCUGCUCAUGGAAACGUGUGCUGUCAACAAUGGAGGCUGCGAUCGUACCUGUAAGGAUACUUCGACAGGUGUUCAUUGCAGUUGUCCUGUUGGAUUCACUCUCCAGUUGGAUGGGAAGACCUGUAAAGACAUUGAUGAGUGCCAGACCCGCAAUGGAGGUUGUGAUCAUUUCUGCAAAAACACCGUGGGCAGUUUUGACUGCAGCUGCAAAAAGGGAUUUAAAUUAUUAACAGAUGAGAAGUCUUGCCAAGAUGUGGAUGAAUGCUCUUUGGAUAGGACCUGUGACCACAACUGCAUCAACUACCCCGGCACAUUCACAUGUGCUUGCAACAAAGGGUACACCCUCUAUGGCUUCACCCACUGCGGAGACACCAACGAGUGCAGUGUCAACAAUGGGGGCUGUCGGCAGGUCUGUGUGAACACAGUGGGCAGCUACGAAUGCCGGUGCCACUCUGCAUACAAGCUCCACUGGAAUCAGAAAGACUGUGUGGAAGUGAAGGGGGUCCCGCCCACUAGUGUGUCACCCCAUGUGUCCCUGCAUUGCGGUAAGAGUGGUGGAGGAGACAGGUGCUUCCUCAGAUGUCACUCGGGCAUUCACCUCUCUUCAGGACUGCAAGAGGCCUACUCUGUCACCUGCGGCUCUUCCUCUUCUCUCAAGAGCAAACAGCAAAAAUCCAAUGACUCUACUUUCGGGGAUGUCACCACCGUCAGGACAAGUGUAACCUUUAAACUAAAUGAAGGCAAGUGUAGUUUGAAAAAGGCUGAGCUGUUUUCCGAGGGUCUGCGACCAGCACUACCAGAGAAGCCCAGCUCAGUAAAAGAGAGCUUCCGCUACGCGAACCUUACAUGCAGCUCCAGCAAGCAAGUCCCGGGAGCCCCUGGCCGCCCCAGCGCCACUAAGGAAAUGUUUAUCACUGUUGAGUUUGAACUUGAAACUAACCAAAAGGAGGUGACAGCGUCUUGUGACCUGAGCUGCGUCGUCAAGCGAACAGAGAAGCGGCUCCGGAAAGCCAUCCGUGCGCUCCGGAAGGCUGCCAACAGGGAACAGUUUUACCUCCAGCUCUCAGGCAUGGACCUGGAAGCGACAAAGACGUCUCCCAGAACAUCUGAACACCGAGGGCGGUCCUGUGGAGUGGGCCAGGGCCACGCAGGAAACCGAUGCGGUCUGUGCCAACCUGGGGAAUAUUCUGCAGAUGGUUUUGCACCCUGCCAGCUCUGUGCCCUGGGCACAUUCCAGCCUGAGGCUGGCCGAACUUCCUGCUUCCCCUGUGGGGGAGGCCUCCCCACCAAACACCUGGGAGCCACUUCCUUCCAGGACUGCGAAACCAGAGUUCAGUGUUCACCCGGACAUUUCUACAACACCACCACUCACCGAUGUAUUCGCUGCCCAGCAGGAACAUAUCAACCUGAAUUUGGAAAAAAUAAUUGUGUUUCUUGCCCAGGAAAUACUACCACUGACUUUGAUGGCUCCACGAACAUAACCCAGUGUAAAGACAGAAGAUGUGGAGGGGAGCUGGGAGAUUUCACCGGAUACAUUGAAUCCCCAAACUACCCAGGCAAUUACCCAGCCAACACCGAGUGUACAUGGACCAUCAACCCACCACCUAAGCGCCGAAUCUUGAUUGUGGUUCCUGAGAUCUUCCUGCCCAUAGAAGACGACUGUGGAGACUACCUGGUGAUGCGGAAAACCUCUUCAUCCAAUUCUGUGACAACAUAUGAAACCUGCCAGACCUACGAACGGCCCAUCGCCUUCACCUCCAGAUCAAAGAAGCUGUGGAUUCAGUUCAAGUCCAAUGAAGGGAACAGUGCCAGAGGUUUCCAGGUCCCUUACGUGACAUACGAUGAGGACUACCAGGAACUCAUUGAAGACAUAGUUCGAGAUGGCAGGCUCUAUGCUUCUGAGAACCAUCAGGAAAUACUGAAGGAUAAGAAACUGAUCAAGGCUCUGUUUGACGUCCUGGCCCACCCCCAGAACUAUUUCAAGUACACAGCCCAGGAAUCCCGGGAGAUGUUUCCAAGAUCCUUCAUCCGAUUGCUCCGUUCCAAAGUGUCCAGGUUCCUGAGGCCUUACAAAUGAGCCCGCCCAUGAGCCCCUCGGUGCCACGUUCUGCCUGUGGGCUCUGGGACGCAGCCGUUUGCCUCUGCAGCCAACACAGUUGGCUGUCGCUGCCUCCCAUAGCAGUGACUCAUUAGAAUUCAAUUUUUAUAGAUAAUACAGAUAUUUUGGUAA